AUGGGUCGAGUGAAGCUAAAGAUAAAGAAACUAGAGAACCUUAAUGGACGUCAAGCUACAUAUGCCAAAAGAAAACAUGGGAUCAUGAAAAAGGCUAAAGAGUUAUCAAUCUUAUGCGACAUAGAUGUUGUGCUUCUCAUGUUCUCUCCCAUGGGAAGGCCUUCCCUGUGCAGUGGCAAACACAGCAUUGGAGAAGUCAUUGCUAAGUUUGCUCAAUUUACUCCUCAAGAAAGGGCAAAGAGGAAGUUGGAAAAUCUUGAAGCCUUAAAGAAAACAUUCUCGAAGCUUGAUCACGAUGUAAAUGUAUCAGAGUUUCUAGACAGAAGUAAACCAACAGUUGAGGUUCUGAGUGAGAAAGCCAGGUUUCUGCAAACACAAUUAUCAGAAAUACACACAAGACUAAGCUACUGGACCGAGGUAGAGAAGAUUGAGAGCAUAGAUGAUUUGCAGCAAUUAGAAAAUUCAGUAAGACAGUCUUUGUAUCAAAUCCGUGCUCAUAAGGAGAACAUGCUGCAACAUCAGCAGCAACAACUUAUGUCCUCAGAAUGCAAAAUUCAGAAUGAAAUAGAUUUAGAUUUUGGAAUGGAAGAGCUUGAGAAUUUCUCAUGGGUUCGUAGCGACGAAAACAUGAAUGUUCCUGUUAAAGAAGAAGACCCGAAUGUGCACCAGCUUCAUCACACGUACAGAGACCUAACGUGCUCCGCAAGUUCUUCUCUUGGAAGUUACUCUGGACUCUUUGGUAAAAGCUCGGAUAUGACAGCACCAAACCUAGAAACUGGCAGCAUUCCUGGGACAUCGGCUGAUCCAAAUAUGCAAUACAGCAAUCUCAGUUUCUUAAACGAUCCAAAGCUUGAGCAACUAGCUGAGUGGAAUCUAUUAGGAAGCCCUGCGGAUUACUACGUUAGCCAGAUCUUGGAAGCUUCUUAUAGGCCACAGUUUGGAGGAAACUGGUCUUCUUCUGAGACAUUACCUUAUCCUGUUGCUGUCUUUGAUGAUCCUCUGUUUACGCGGCCAAACUGA